GUUGGUUAGCAAAAGCCAAAAAACCCUUGAAGAGAGAGGUUGCAAGAAACCCUAAUCAGAAGAGAAGAGAAGAGAAGAUUAAGAGUUGGGGUUUAGGGUUGAUCAGAUCGGAGAAGGCAUCAUGUUUCCAGGGAUGUUCAUGCGGAAGCCAGACAAAGCUGCAGCACUGAAGCAGCUGAAAUCUCACGUUGCCAUGUUCGGCACAUUGGUGGUUGUUCUUCGAGUCACCCCUUACGUUCUUCAUUUUCUCACUGCUGAGAAAGAAGAACUCAAGCUCGAGCUUUAAUUUAUCGCUCUUCCUCGCCUGCAUAUCUUGAGGAGCAGGACGGGUCCUGGGGCUCGGGACAAUCAUGAAGUAGUAUAUAACUCUUGAAAUUGAGGCCAAGAUGGUAUUUUUAAUUUAAUUACAUUUCCUUUUUGUAUUUGGAAUGUAAGUGUGUUUGAAUUAUUGGUGAGAAAGUAGACAUUUUCAAUAAUCAAUUAUAUUAUUAUAAUUGAUUGUAUGAAAGAUGCGACAGGUGAAGAAUGGUUUUAAGCUAAAUAUAUGCUUUUACUGGUCUACAAGAAUAACGUUUUAAGAAA